AUCAAUAGACCCGCCCUUGCCCGGCCAACCGCGCUCAACCAGCUGGCCGACACCUUUGAUCGCCUAACUUCUGCCAUCCCAAGCCCCCAUCUCCCACCGCGCGGCUGCCCGACGCACACGCACAUCCGCACAUCCGCACGCACACACUCAGACACACAUCCAACGCGCACACGCAGCAGAGAGGGGGACCAUUCCCGGAGCCGUCGCACGCACUCGGACCUCGAAUGCUUCUGCCGCUGGCUGCAACCGCGGGGCUGAACACCGGGACGAAUGGCCGACGUCGACCAGCAGCAGGGCGGGCCCGGCACCUCGCGACGCAAGAAACACACCGGCAAAUCGAAGGCACGGCCCGCAAAUGAUUGGCCAAGGACCGACGAGCCACGCUCCCGUGCGUCGCCUCGCUGGAAACGCCCGGGAGAUAUAGACAAGGACCUUGUCGAGUCGUCGUCGUCUGACGAUGCCGACGAUGCCAAAGCUUCGUCCACCUCGCACAGGAAGCAACGACGGCGACCCCGUCCUCAGAUCCCGGCCUCCACGAGCUCGGACACGUCCUCUUCGGACACCACCGCCCCGGCCAAGACCCCGCAGCGUUCAAUGCGGCGACGCCUGAAGAGCACGCGGGUGCCCAACGCGGCUGUGCCGCCCCCCGACACGGCGCCCGCCCAUCGGCGCCCAACCUGCGUCGUCGAGGAGGACGACGCCGACGACACUGACGACGCCGCACCCGCACAUUCGGGUCCCUCGCGCCCCGCCAGUCGCCAAACCAUAGCUCGCCGCGAGUCGAGUCCCCGAUCCGCCCAUCGCUACCGGUCGACCCCCGAGUCUCGCCGCUCCCCGAGGACCUCCGUCUCUGACUCGGAAGACGACACCGGCGCCACCUCGGACUCGAACUCGGACUCGGAACAGGUCAUCCUCGCUUCUGGGAAACCCCCCCCGCCGGCCCCGAUGGCCCCUCCCAUUCCCUCUGCUCCUUCGGCCGCCGCCGCCGCCCGCAACUCCCUGCAGGAGCGACUGAGCCGCCGCCCGGAGAUGGUCUACGAAGAGACCGAGGGUGACGGCACGUCGAGGUACGCCCCGUCGGUCGCCAGGCAUCGCUCGCUAUCCCGCCCUGCCUCCAGCAGGCGUGACUCCUACCGCCGGCCCAGGGACAUUACCGUAUCCGGACCCCCUAGCCUUGACGGGACGCGCCGGUCUCGGUCGAGAUCAAAGAGUGCCAGGCCUUCGAGAAGGCACUACGAAUCCGACGUCUAUAUAUCUUCGCGGCCUGCUUCGUCCUUCAAGCGGCACCAUGCUGCCUCCUCCUACAGCCUGGCCUCCUCAGCCAGGCGGUCCAGCCUCUUUGGCGAUUUCGCCGCAUCCACACCUCGCACUCCUCAACCGGAAAAGCCAGCGGAAGGUACUACUGUAUGCGUGUCUUGCAGGGACGACACGGUUCCUCGGAGCAAGACGGUCAAGCUAAAAUGCUGCCACCGCAUGUGCCACUCCUGUCUGCGCAAAGCCUUCAAGCGAUCGCUCACCGACCCGCAGCAAUACAUGCCACCGCGCUGCUGCACCUCCGACAAUAUUCCCCCGCGGUACGUUGAUAUGCUGUUUGACUCGGGCUUCAAGAAAGACUGGAACGAGAAGUACAAGGAGCACACCAGCGCAAGGGGCUUCCCUUGUCCCUCGCGGAGGUGCGGUGAGAUGAUGAAGCCCGAGAAUAUGCGUAGCGAGGGCGGCCGGUGGCAGGGCAGGUGUACCCGCUGCAGGACCAAAAUCUGCGGAUCUUGCAACGGUCGGUGGCACCCCGAGCCCAACUGCACAGGAGCCAAUGAUUCCGCCUUGUUCGCAGAACAGCCGACCAGGGAGGCUUGGCAACGCUGCUACCGCUGCAAAGCCGUGGUGGAGGUCAAGGGCACUCGCAACCACGCGAUCUGCCGUUGUGGUGCAGAGCUUUGCCUAGGAUGCGGCGGGAAGUGGAAGACUUGUGACUGCCCGUGGCUCAAGGACGACUUCGAAGACAUGGACACGGUGAAUUCGCGGCCUAACCCUUUCGCCUCUCGGCCGCCCUCACCUCGGGAUUUUCGCUCGGAUUUUGCCGCUCCCCUUGCUGCUACUGCUCGGCCGCGCCCGUCGAGUUACGAGGAAGACGCGCAUAUACGCCGUUUGCAUGAGUUUCGCGAGGACCAUUCCGCGCGGAGGAUGCACUCUUUUGACGAGACCGGCCACCACAGCGACUUUGACCGGCGGCGAGACGAGUACAACUUUGAUGAUCUCACCCCCCGUCGAGAUCGCCGCCGGCGCGUGGAGGCGCGAGACUACGCCGCCUCUUUUGUGGAUGAAGACUACCACCGCCGAGCAGCAACCGUCGUCGCCCCGUUACCCCCGCAGCCCCAUGUGCCGCCGGCGCCCCCGCCGCCCCGCUCCGCAUUCGAGCCGCCUUCACGCCCGGCUUUCGAUCGAUCGACGCCCGAUUUCGACUACGGCUCCGCGAUACACCGGAGCCGAGCGAUGCGCUAUGAGUCGCCGGAGAGAUUCGACGACUACAUGACGGACAGCUACCCGCCGGAGCGACGGCGCCCUCGCUCUCCGGAUCUCUGGCCGGGGCAGGCGCUCCCCCAGGAACGGCGGCCCCGGUCUCGUGAUAGGCGGCAUACUUUCCCGUCGGAAUCGCGGCCUACGUCGCCGGAUGUGUGGCAACUGCCCACCCGGUAUCCGUCGCCUGAAAGGCCGAUGCCGGCUCCAGAAGAGAGACGGCGCGCUCCCUCGCCUGAGAGGCGCCGGGCAUCCUCGCUCGAGAGGCGUUUAGCCGGCAGAUUCAAGAAGGAACCCAGACAAAGCCCCGCUGCUCCGGUCGGUCCCGGGGCGCUCAGCCCGGCCGGUGCUCUGGGUCCCUUGAGUCCGUCUCGCGCCACGGCACCGCCAUCCCGAGCCGCCACCCACAUCGGAACAACCAUGCCUAUGGCACCGGCCCCUCCGCCGCCGGCCCUCCACGGUGCGGCCCCGCCGCCGGUAGCUCCCCUCCGAAGACACCACACCAUGGACGAAGACGUCUACAGCCCCGGCGCUGGCAUGGGUCCCCCCCUUCCGGAUUGGUUCGGCCCGCCAUUGCACCACGGACAUCCUCACGCGCACCUGCACUCGCAUCCUCCGCCCCCCGGAAUGGGACCAGGUAUGCCUCCCAUGAUGCCGCAGCAGCAGCCACACCACCCCAGCGUGCACGAGGUGGUGGCUGCGGACAUGAACGCUGCUGCUGCUGCUGCCGCCGCCGCCGCCGCCGCCAACGGGUCGCCGCGUGCACCGCACGUCAGAAGGCGCCCACCCACUCACGCCCAUCGUGAGCAUAGCAAGUACGACGUCCCGAGGUCAUCAGUGCUGGCGGGACUGGCCGGAUUCGGCCGGGGCGCGAGCCGCGUCUCGGAGUGGGUGAACUAUGUGGAGCCGGGGUUGCCUGACGAUAGCUUCGGUGCAGUGGGGAGUUGAGGGAGCAGCCGCGUCACUCGUAUAAACGCAUCCUUUGCUUAUAGCCCUCCGGCUUAUCGUUACCGCAGUUAGCGGUCUUUUCUUUUUUUCUCCGUUUUUUACUCGACUUUUUUUACCUUGUUUUCCCCUCUCGGCUCCGUUUGUUUUCUUUA